UUCGUCUGGCUUUGCGACUGCAGUACUUGACGGCAGUGGUGUGUUCACCGCCCCUUCCCCCCCACCGGCGUUGUCGGGGUAACGGCGAGCGUGUGGGCUCGUUGAAGAUGAGGAAACCACAGCACAGGAAGAUUAAAUAACCUUUACCUGCAAUUACACAGCUAGGAAGUAGUGAAGCCAAUUCCUGUCCUGGCACUCUGGCUCUAGAGUUCCUUCUCAUAGCCACUUGCAUUUGGAGUACAUAAAAGACCCUUAACUGGGAACUGCUGUUGCCAUUGUUAUUCAUCAACUUUACCUUAAAAACUGGAAGAUGUUUGCCAUCCCCAGCACCUCUGACAUUAGGAGCCCCUGUUGCACUUGAAAAAUGGCGGAAGCAGUUUUCCACGCCCCAAAGAGGAAAAGAAGAGUGUAUGAGAAUUAUGAGUCUCCCCUUCCAAUCCCUUUUGGUCAGAACUGUGGACCUAAGAAAGACUUCAAAAUGUUCCGCGCAGAAAUGAUAAACAACAAUGUCAUUGUGAAGAACGCAGAAGAUAUUGAGCAUCUGUAUGGGAGAGGUUAUUUUGGAAAAGGAAUCCUGUCUAGAAGCCGUCCAAACUUCACAAUUUCAGAUCCUAAGCUGGUUGCUAAAUACAAAGAUAUGAAGACAGAUAUGCCUAUAAUCACGUCAAAGAAGUAUCAGCGUAGUGUAGAAUGGGCCACAAAGCUCAUGCAAAGACAGGUUCAGGAUGAGAGUACAGUGCGUAGAAUCCUUGAAGAUUACACAAAACCACUUGAGCGUCAUUACAUCAAACGGAAUGAAGACAUCCCAUUGCCUGAUGAGCCGAAUUCUGAAAUAGUUUCCAGAAUGGAAGCCACCAUGGAUAAAGAGACACCUUCUGUGAUGAACGGGGACUCGGGAGAGUCAGAUGAUACUGAGGAUCCCAGCGAGCAAUCAGGCUGCCUCCGGGAAGGCUCUGGGCAUGCCCCACUACCUGCAAACAGCUCGGAUGAGCACGUUUGCAGUCAGGUCACUGCAGCUCUGCCCCAAGUCCGUUGUGGCAAACAAGAUGUUCUCCUUCCCCAGGGUAGCACUCGGGACAGCAGCCAACAGGCAGGUCUCUGUGCCAGAGAGAGAGGCCCUGAUGACGAGUAUGUGCUGGUGGAGGAAGUUGUGCAUGAUGAUGUGAGCGAAAGGGAAGAUGCCCCAAAUGAGGAAUUGGCACAAGAAAAGAGAUUAAUAUGCAGAAGAAAUCCAUAUAGGAUUUUUGAGUAUUUGCAACUCAGCCUAGAAGAGGCCUUCUUCCUGGUCUACGCUCUGGGAUGUCUAAGUAUUUACUAUGAGAAGGAGCCUUUAACGAUUGUGAAACUCUGGAAAGUUUUCACCAUAGUUCAGCCCACAUUCAGGACUACCUACAUGGCAUACCAUUACUUCCGAAGCAAGGGCUGGGUGCCCAAAGUAGGACUAAAGUAUGGAACAGAUUUAUUGCUCUAUCAAAAAGGACCUCCGUUUUACCAUGCAAGUUACUCUGUCAUUAUUGAGUUAGUGGAUGACCAUUUCGAGGGCCAUCUUCGCAGACCUUUCAGUUGGAAGUCGCUGGCUACCUUAAGCAGAGUUUCAGUGAAUGUCUCCAAGGAACUCAUGCUGUGCUAUUUGAUUAAACCCUCUGCCAUGACUGACAAAGAGAUGGAGUCACCAGAAUGUAUGAAAAGGAUUAAAGUUCAGGAGGUGAUUCUGAGCCGUUGGGUUUCUUCACGAGAGAGGAGUGACCAGGACGAACUUUAAAAAUUCCACCUCAUAUCUCUGUUUCCACCAACAAAUAUUUAUUGAGUCUCCUACAAUCAUCCAAGUUCAGGGUGAGGUAAAGAGUCCUUUUAUUUUAAUUGGCCGUUAAUUUAAAAGUUUUAAAGGGCAUGGUGCUCCCAGAACCAGAAAACUGUUAGUGUUUGAAAAGAUAAAAUUACACAGGAGAGAAAAACAGCCCUGGGUUGGGACUUCAGAUUCUGUCCUUGAGUCGGCACUGACUGUGACUGGCCUGGAGCUCCUGGCCUCUGGGCCUCACUCUGUCCUCAUCUGUUCCAUGAGGACAUUGAGUAGAUGAGUCACAGGAAGACUCAUCCAGUGACAGGGAAGUUCUGUGUUACUCUGAUUUUACCUGAAAACGGUGCUAGUUUACAUGGAUGUGGCACUCUACAGUUUUCAAAGCAGCACUUUUAUACACAGGCAUCUCUCGUUACCCACGCCCAGCUGGCUCCUAAAAGAGUGCCAGAAGCAGCUUUGGGGACUGCUGGACCCUGUGUCCCUGUAUUGUAAAUGGAAAACAACACGUCUCUGCUUGUUCAAGAACUCCAACCAAUUACUCAAGAACAUAAAAAUCCAUUUAAUGUUUAACAAGAAUUUCUGAAUCAUAGAAAGCAUUUAAAACAAUCACCUAAUUAUUUGUCAUUGAGCUAAGUGGUAGGCAUGUUGGUGUAGAAUAUACAAUAUUAUGCAGUAUUAGAUAAAAAUUGCAUCUUGCUUCAGUGUACUUGUUAUGAAGUAAAAAUAGGUGGUGAAAUAAUGUACAAAGAUACAUAAUGAGUGCAGUUAAUAUUUAGGAAACACAAUAAACAAAGCCUUUUCUUAACUGAUUAGAUUCCAGUGAAGUGUUGCCUGAGGCCUGGUAUUUGGAGGCAAAAAGAAGGAAAUGGACAGAGGGUGUGGGGGUGAGGUGAGCAAGCGAAAGGGAGCCAGAGUAGGAGUGAGGGGACACACGUCUGAGACUCAUCCACUGUCCGAAUUCAAGACACUGGCAGACAGUCUUCCUGGCACGAAGUAUUCCAGAAGUAGGUGGUUAAGAUUCAUCUUUGGAAGCUGAGAUGAAAUAGAAACAACAAAAAAUAAAUGGGUACUCGUUCGCGCUUCUUUGCAUGA